UCUUUCUCUAGUAUUUGACAAAGUGUUGAUUAGCCAAUAAGCAAUGGAAAAAGAAGACUUCAGCUUCCCCAAAAUCGGUGACACUUGUGUACAUAGCAUUGGUUCACCUCCUCUGUGGAAUCUAUUGCCAAUAACAGUCUCUUCUAAUCCAUACCAAGUCCCCAGAGAAGAAAAGAAAAGAUGUGAACAAGGUUGCUUUGGAGCAAAACUGGUCUCUAAGGGCCAAAAUGGAAAGAAAAAAACAUGGUUAGGAGAUGAAGAGGUCCAAACAAUGGACUUGUUGUGGGAGGUUUUCAAUGAGGAUUUGUCUUCAACAAUAAGGCUUAAUGCUCCCUCUUCUUCAAGGGAGGUGGUUCAAUUCAGAAGUACUGCUACAGCUUUAUCAGUUGCCAAGACCAAUGCUGCUCUUUUUCAAAGUAAGAAUAGGUUUAUAGUAGUCAUUGUGAAGGUCUUCAAGAAGUUAUUUUCCCACAACAAUUCUCAAGGUAAACCCAGAAAGAGAAUACUCUAAUUUUUUUGGCCUUGGGUUAAGAUUGAUUGUUCUUUCUUUUCUUUAUGAAAAAAAAAACUGUCUUGUUAAUUAGAAGUUGAUUUAGAAAUGUUUCAGUAUACUAUUGAGUAGCUUAAUCAGUGCUCAAAUUAUGGUUCAUACAAUUUGAUGUUGCAUAUGUAAAAGUGAUUGAUUGUAUGUAGAGAAAGUUUAGUUCCCAAAAAAAUGG